AUGGCGCCCAUCCGGCGCUACCUCCGCAUCAGCAAAUACACCAUCCUCGAAUGCCGCAUCUACCUCGACAACCCGUCCGACACGCGCUGGCUCCUCGACUCCCGCGACCCCGUGCUCCCUCGCAUCUUCGCCGCCAUCCGACCGCUAGUCCUCCCGAAACUGCGCGAAGAGAACGAGAGGCUACUUUCGCGCAAGAAAGGCCAUCCCGUCAAGGAUGUGAUCGCUGAAGAUGAGUUCGAGGUUGCGUUGUUUCUUCGGGAGUCGCGGACGCGUCAUUCGCUUCUGACGCGACACAAGGAAUUCGAGGAUCAUGGGUCUGGGGUAGACGAGAAGAAGAAAGGCAACAAUAAGCUCGGGGAGGCAGGCUCGCAGGCAGACAAGGGCAUCCUGGUCGAGAGCGAGAGCGACGAGGAGUCAGAUCUGCGGAACAUUCCCCAGGCGGGCGCGGAUGAAGACGAAGAAGGUGGUGGUGAGAUGCCAGGGAAGCGGAGACGAAGUGGUUCGUCUGGUGACGAGCUGCGUGCGUCGAAACGACCGAAAGAUCAGGAAUGGGCAGACGAGGGUGACGGCGAUGACAAGAAGAUGCGAUUUCGGACCAACUACGAGGGGUUCAACAUCUAUGGCUGGACGCUGUGUCUGCUGGUCACGCGGAAGGGUGGCAGGUCAAGGCCUGGAACGACGCCUUCGGAACCUUCGCGGCAGGCUCUCAUGGAAGAAUGGAUGUCCACGCAGGCACAGGGUGAUGCGGACGAGGAAUGA